AUGGCGAGAUACACGGUCAAAGUCGCAGCGGGAGAGCGCAGAGCGAGCUUACUCGUUGUACUAUCGCCAUCUCAGCUCUGCUCAGCCUUACACGACAGGGUCGCGUCGCGCCUGCCAGCUCUGGGUCUCACCACCGUGGAGGCGGCUCAGGUUACGCUGCACUUGAACACAGAAGACGGGCCAAUGCUGGAUGUCGAGGAUCUCCUGUCUGACGUCCUACUCAACGCCGAAGAGACUGUCUAUGCAGUCGUCCAUCUGCACGAGGAGCAGCCCGGUCUAUCACUACCAUUAAGACUUGCUGCGUCGGACGCCACAUCAAAGACGCUUCGCAUUCGCGUCAUCACUCCAGAAUCGGCCCAGUCCGAUACUGAAGCCAUCCCCCCGAUAUCGAUGCACGUGUCGACCAACUGCACUCUGAAACAGUUGAAAGGCCUCGUUCAAGAACAUUUGGGUUUCCCCGCUGAGGACGGCGACUGUCCAGCGCUAGAGUGCAACUGCAGCCUGGCUCGACAGAUCGACAACAAUGCCAUCUUCAACGUCAACGGAUUCGGGGACUACGACCCUCUUCGCACAAUUAUCCUCGUUCACUCCAACAAUGUAGUGGUCGCCAUGCCUGUCGAUAACAUGACGCUUAGCACCAUCCAGCAGUCAACCAGGGCGUAUAUGGAGCACACGCAGCACCACGAUCUGGUCAACAAGCAUGUAAAUAUCGUCAACGGUGUUGAGGAUACAAGUAUUCGGACCUCGGGAGACAAGUCAUACCUCAAAGCUCCGGUUGUGGCCAUCUGCUCGAAGCAAUGCCAUUCUCAUCGCCAAGAUCGAGAAGAGGAUUCCGACGAGGACGAGGACGACGAGGAUUCUGUAGCUCAGCGGGACCUAGUCGUUGAUGUGCACACAUCAGAGUGCCCACUUGAGAUCACUGCACAUAACGCCGACAUCACGAUCGAGGCCGCUGGGUUAGAAGAUUGCGCCAUCAAUGGUGUACUCAACAUAUACGCUGUACGACGAUGGACACUGGGCCAGAAUGAGCGUAUCGAUCAAGGCAAAGCUGGUAUUUUCAAGCAGUCGGAAGCUUGGAAGCAUCAUGCCGGUCAGACUGACCGUGGACUAGCUAACCUGCUAUCCACAUUGCGCGUGUUCACCGAGCUCACCUCAAACGGCAGCAUGGAGGACGAGCGACGAGACGCUGUGAUCCACAUGGUUCACGUCCUGACACAAUUUCCUCCUGCCAUCCGAGCAGCACAUAUCUUAAUGCGCGGCGAGACCCCAGGACUUCCGGAACGCGCUGCGCUGGCACAAUGUCUUUACGAGGUCUUGAAGAAUGUUGUUCCGCUUCAAACUAUCCGCUCCGACCCGAAGCGGUUCUUUGAAGGAACUCGUCUGCUAUUCGGUCUCAUAUUGGAGAAAGCCAAACAGAUGAAGAUCACCAACGAGGAUGCCCGGCUAUCGUAUAUUGACAUGAAAGUUUACGACCUGCGGAACCUGACCACGAUGCAGCCCGUAUUGUCACAGCCAGUGCAGACAACAUCCGGUCUCGUCGACGCGGGGUUCCACGAGGCUUUUGUUAAACAGGGACUUUUGUGCUGGACGGAUGGAGUCAGCUCGAAGAGAACUUCGACAUUCGAUCAAACCUGGGACCGCAUUGCUAAAGUGUCCGGCGGCACCAAAACCCAAGUCCUGGUGUUCAACUCCGAUGUCGUCAGAUCUAGCUCUCGCUAUGUGGACGGUGGUGAUGUCAACAAGAUCAUUUCGCCUGCGGAGUACGUCGAUCUCACGUAUCUGGCCAACCUCUGCAGCCGAAACCAACUGAGCGUCACACCACCUGCUAGUCUAGCUUCUGUCUCUGCUCCCGUCUUGACUCUAGACAGACAUGGCUUUCUUGCGGUAUACGUGGGCCGUGCCGCUUGUGCUGAGGCAGGGAGAGACAUUCUCAUGUUUCGACCGGGAUGUGUCGAAGAAGAAGAAGCAGUGGACGUUUCUAUCAUCACUCAGUUGCUAGAGCCGAUACUCGCCCAACGAAAUGCUGACGGAACCCUUGUAUUCGAGGCAUAUGGUGCAAACCAUCGCACGAUGACGACACCGGACGAACUGACAAUGAUAUGUGUCGACGUAAGCUCAAGCAUGCGAGAGCGUUGUGGUUUCAACGACGUGCAGAUCAGCGAAGAUGCCGAAGCAGAGAUCCAACGAUCGGUGCUGACCACCGCAGCCGCUUCCCAAACUCCAGCAGAAAACGUUGAUUUUGAGUUACCCGAUGUCGAUACAUUGAAAGAAUAUCUACAGUCUCACGAAUCGUAUACCGACUUUCUGGCCAUCGUUGGCACGGGUAAAGAUGACUACCACCGCCGUCAAAACGCUGAGAAGGUGCUUGAGAUCCUUAAGCAACUUCACGAUCAGCAGAUAGGCGCAAAACGGGAAGAACUGGAACGUCUCGGGCAGCGAGCCAGCCAACAGUGGUUUCGAAACAAAUCGGAAUUGAUCGAUCGCGAGAUCAACACUCUCAACAAUCGGUCUCUACGUUUACAAAAGUACAAGAGUCUACUUUGUGCAUGGCUGAUUACUUGCCUCGGCAAUGCGUCCGCGUCAGACCCAUUAGUAUGGACACCGGGCGAUGGUGUGCCGAAGUUGUACAAGUCUCUUCCUCCAACGGACAGCCCCAAAUUCGAGGUACCGCGCGAUUUUCACUGUCCUAUCAGUAAUGAUGUGAUGCAAGACCCUGUAUACACCGUGGAUGGUUUUACAUACGAGAGGAAAGAGAUCGAACGAUGGUAA